AUGUUUCAUUUCAGAGAUUCUUUCUCAUUCUACAAUAGCGUCGUUUUUGCAUUCAAAUACACGUUUUCUUUCCUAUUAAUUCUUUAUUUUAUUUUCCUUUCUUUUCGUUUUCUUUUCUUCCUUUCUUUCUUUUCUUUCUUUCUUUCUUUUAUUUUCUUUAUUACUUUUGAUUUCAUUCUUUUUUCUUUUCUUUCUUUUCUUUCUUUUUCAUUUCUUUCUUUUCUUUCUUUCUUUUUAUUUCUGCCGUUCUUUUCUUCUCUUUUCUUUCCUUCUUUUCAUUUCUUUCAUUUUAUUCUUUUCUUUCUUUCUUUCUUUCUUUCUUUCUUUUCAUUCCAUUAUUUCAAGUUUUCUUUUACGUCCCCCUUUUUCUUUCCUUAUUCUUUAUUUCAAAGUUCCCCUUCAUUUUUCACAAUUCCCUUCUUUUUUUAUCAUAUCUUAUUCUCUUUAUCUCUCCCCCAUCUCAUCGAAUUCUUUCCAAUAGUUCAUUCGUCGAUUCACAUCUCUACUCCUCUUCCCCCUCCUCCGCCUCCAUCCUUCUUCUUCUUCUUCUUCUUCUUCUUCUUCUUCUUCUUCUUCUGCUUCCUCUUUCUCGUUGCCCAGAAGCAAGAAUUCUUAGCCAUUCUAAACUCUAUUCAAUCUUUUUUCGAUUCUCUCGAAAACUCUAUCGAUAUUUUAUAUCCAUAA